GCACCACCGCCACUACCGCCACCGCCGUGCCUGCCUGGGAGGCGGCGGCCGGCUGGAGCGACUGCUCCAGCGCGUGCGGGCAGGGGGAGCAGACGCGCAACGUGUCCUGCAGCGCCGGGGACGAGGCCCUGUGCGAGGCCAGCAGCACGGACGCGCGCCCGCCGGAGUCGAGGCAGUGCUGGCGGUACGCCGAGUGCGCCUACGAGUGGACGUGCCCGCUGGGGCCGGACCCGGAGACGGGCGAAGGGUGCGGCGUCCAGCGCGCCCUCGUCCUCGCCGCGCUGGCCGCCGCCGCCGCGCUCGGCGCGGCCGCUGCCGGCCUCCUCUGCGCGCGGAGGGGCGGCACGCCCGGCGGCGCGGGCAAGGUGCCCGCGGCGCCGGCCGCCGGCGGGCUCCCGGACGACGGCUCGGCGAGCGGCUACGCGGCGUUCUGCGCGCGGCUGGAGGCGAUGGAGGAGGCGCGCGCCCGCGGCGGCCGGCGGGAGUACCCCAGGCAGCCAGAGGUCCCUCGCGGGUUGGACUUCACGCACCCGGCCGGCGUCGUCGCGGGCGCCUCGCUGGACAGCGCGGCCCUGGACCAGGCGGAAGGCCGGCGGGUCCGCGCCUUCCCGCGGCCGCUCGGCCCAGCCUCGCUGUGA